AUGGAAUUGUUUGGGCAGUCAGGGAAGAGUCAGUCAUCAACACAAACUGGGAGCGAUGACGUGAGUGAAGAAACGCAAACGGAGGAAUCACUGAACGAGAUCAAAUGGACUCAACAUCCACCACAUGACGACUACGGAUGGGGGUUAGAAAGUACUGCUCAUGAGGAUGCAGACUUGAAAGAAAAUGAAGAGAUGGCCAUGUUUCGCGAAAAUCAUCUGCAAAAUCCUCGCUUGAAGCAAUUCGUAGAAGCAGCUGGACAAGUUGUGAUCGAACUCAUCGCAUCCCGUCGGAAAACUGCAUCCGAUCUUCUGCUCCAGAAUAAAAGCGUGUUCUCCUUCAGCUUGGGCUACAACUCAUUCGAACUCGGUCCUAUAUCACAAGCAAAUCGCGUCACUACUAUCAGCCUCAACGCAAAAGAGCCCGACAUCCUACUAGCGGGAUUCUUCGUCAAAGAAUCGCCUGCUGACGACAUCGUCAAUCGAACUCUCCUCGUGGAAUUUUUUCUGGACAACAGUCAGCCUCCAAAAAGGCUUUUCUUGUCAGAGGGAGAUGUUACCUCUACGUGCUACACACCAGAUGGAACAGCCUUAGUUGCUGGUGUGGUCGAUGGUUCCGUGGAAGCGUUUGAUUUGUUAGAGCCAUCAAGUUCUUUUUCGUCGUCCAUGCCAUGGAUAGACAGUCCAGUCGAUAUUGCCCUCCGAGCACCAGCCUACGAUUCAUCAUUUCUCAGUUCGACGCUAGCUGAUGGAAAAGCGCACCCCGUUGUCGACGUGCAGGUGGUGGAGAACGAGAAA